AUGGCGUCACUCGAAUUUUCUGGUCUCCUGACUGAAAAUUCAUCUGUUGCAUAUUUUGAUUAUGAGAUUUGGUUUCCUCUGGUGAAAUUAUCCCAAAAUAUGCCAGGAAAGCAAGAGCCAGGUGGUUUUUCCUACCAGACUUCUGACCUUAGGGAAUCGAAUUUUCCAGAAGGAUAUCACCUACCUCACACUGUGGAAACUGGGACUUUUAGGGUGCGUGAUAAACCCAAAUAG